CUUUCACAAGACAAGUACCACUGACUACAUCCAGAUUUCACCAGUAGAAUGUCACCUCCCGGAGUUUAAAGACAGACAGAAAGAGUUUGAAAAAGCUGGACUUCGUAUUCUCAGGAUUGAAAAGUUACAUAAUCCACUUCUAUCUGCUGCAUUCCAACGAAUGAAAACAAAGGUAGAUGGUAGCUCCAAGACAACUCACAAGUUGUACCAGGAAGUUCCUGCCGAGUUCUGUUGCUCAGUUUGCCAAACUGGAUUUCACAGAAUGUAUUCUCCACCAAAAGAACAAAAAUACGGAGCUGGCAUCUACUUUACAACAAACCCAAGAUAAAUACUUCUUGACCAUGGCUGAUGAUUUUUGGAAGGAAAGCCUGGCUAUCUGCUCAACAAACUUACGACACACACGAGGUUUGAUCACAAUGCAGCAGGAGAAGACAGAGUGGGAAAACCUAAACAAGGUAUUACUGCGUCAUGGGUUGAAACCUGUGAGUCUUGCUGCCCCCCAAAGUUGCAGAGAUACAUCAAGUAUGAUUGUCCUAGACCAUCACUCUUCUCAAGGAAUAAGGCAUGCAUUAAAAACGCUGGUGGAAGACACUGAGCGACAGCAGAAGGUGAUGCAGGGACUUAUGGAGGCAAAUCGAUGUCUUAGAAAUGUGGUACGACUGGAACAAGGUCGGGCAUCUCGGCAAGAGCAACGGGCAAAUGAUUUGGAAAAUGUGGUGAAAAACAUUAAGGCCAAAAUUUGUCAGCUGGAAGAUGAAACAAUAGCUAAAGCAUGCCAGCAACAGAACCAAGUCAAGGAACUUCAAAAAGAGCAACAGGCUUCAUGGGUAAAAUACCAACAGCAGCAGGAAAAGCUGCAAGAGCAAGAAGAGACUAUUGCCCACUUGCAGAAGGAGCUGAGCAGAAUUGGGAGGCAGGAGCAGCAGCGAGUUGCCACUGAAAACAAAAGGUUUUGUCAGUUUUGCAAAAGAGCUCCCAAGUCUCUCCUGGAUCAGCAGUACUUUUGUCUAAUUGAUUAUUAUGAAUCUCAAAUUAGUCAGAUUAAAAAGAAGCUGAGGCAAUGUAAAAAAGAUGAAGAUGAAGUGCAGAGAGAAGUAGAAAACAAGGAAGAGUUCUUAAAUCUAGAUGCUACUCCUAAUUACAGAGCACUGCUCAUGUCUUUCCAGAAGCAACUCACUGAAACAAAAGCCAAGAAGGAACAGCUUUUGCUUGAAAAUAUAAAUCUCAAGAAAGAUUUGGAAAUAAGCAGGCCAUCUGCACAGGAGUUAAAAUUUUACAAGCACCAAGUGAAGAAACUACAAAAAACUUUGAAGAAAACUCCCCAAUCUUCAGGGAGCAGGACUGAAGAAAAAAGAGAAGAAAAGAAAGACUCUGGGAGAGUUGCAGGAGUGGAUCAGCUGCAGGUAGCUUGCCAGCAAUACUUGCAGGUUUUGUCCCGUAUUGAUUCUAUUUUGCGAAGCUCAAGAGCUCCUCCAUUAAUAUUCCGGCCCAGCAAAGGGCCAGUGCAAAAUUCCAUUAAAGAGAAUGGACAGGGAUGUGGAUUUGAGCACCUUCCACUCACCAUAGAAAUGUGGGCAGAUCAGCUCAUAGCUCUAAAGGAUUUGCAUAGGUCCUUGAGAAAACUGUCUCUGGAAUUGCUGCCUUGGAACACUAAAGAUCCACAGGAUAAUAGAGAAUCCAUACGAGUUGAAGACCUUCAGUUGAUAGUAGAUGCAAUUUUGGAAGAAUUAGAACAUAAGGAAAAGAACAGCCAGACACAGUCUGUGCAGGCCCUAUCUGCCAUAGUCUCUCACUUCCAGAAGUUGUUUGAUGUGAAUUCUCUGAAUGGUGUUUAUCCACGGAUGAAUGAGGUUUACAUAAAGCUGGAGGAAAUGACCAAUGCCAUGAGGAAUCUCCAUGAGCUCCUGGAACUAGACAGUUCAGCUCCACCCACUGUGGUAGUGAAUACUGUUGGGAAACUGUGUGACAUCAUUAAUAAGAACGUGACUGAGCAGGUACAGCAGCUUCUGGGCACCCAAGACAUCCACAGUAUUAUCAAUAAGCUUGAAGAACAUGAGUGCUUCUUUCCACCCUUUCAAGCUCUCAUUCAAGAUUUGCUGUGUCUUCUAGGCAGCACAGCAAAGGAGCUCCAGAGAUGGCCUCAAACUUCAGCUCUUCACCAGGAACUUUGGGUGCAUCCUUUUUUCCUCUUCCCAUAAUUGCCCACACACAGGCUGGCCAGGGAAAUGUGGUUUUCCUAUUGGAAUAUUGGCUCACUGCCUGUGCAGAUGGCAAUCUCCUGGACUACCCACACUACAUUCCUUGGGCUCCACUGAAGGAGAAAGAAGGAAGAACUCCUGCCAUUAACUAAAGACACAGAAGUGAAAAAAACACCCAAGCCUGGUUCUCUGUUCUGCCUCAGACCAGGAAAACAUACAAACCUCAGAACCACAAUGAACGUACAGGCAAAACUGUAAGUGGCUUAUUAUAAUAGUUUCUAUAAAUGCUUUGUAAUUAAAGUUUUAUCAUACAUAUAUAUUGCUGAUCAGAGUAUUUAGUUAAGAUCUUUAUUCAAGUUAAAAUUUGUUGCAAGGUUACUUUAAUAAACAAAAUUCUUAUGUGCCCCUGUGGCUUUUAUGGCAACUUAAAAUAUGCUGAAGACUAUAAUUGACACAGGCAUCUCAUUAAAGCUGUCUCACAGGGCAGGCAUUGCACAGCCAGUGGAUUAACACACAAUUUAGAUAGAACUACCAGAUUAGCUCAAGUUAGUCCUGCCUUUGCAGGUCAAAUAUUCUUCUUGCUCACCCAAACACAGCCCAGUUACCAUCACUCACUCCCACAGCAGUCAUGCAAGCUCCCAGCAAAGCAGUGGGUAGGUUGGAAGUAUGGAGAUGAGCACUUACCAUUGUGCAAAACCUUUUAUUAAAUCCUCCUGGGACAAGUCAAUGCGCACCUUUAAAAAGCAAAUUUUAUUUGUUUGUAGGUUAUUCAGCAUAUAAAUUGAUUAGCUAACCUACCACUCCUCCCAAGUCAGACCCACUUUCUAGCUGUGGGGCUGCAGCUGAGGCUUGAGGAAAAAUGGAGCUUCCCACAUUCCCAGGAUGGAGCAGGCAUCAACCAGCUCAGUUUCCUGUAGCACUACUUGGAAAUUUAUCUGUCACCAAAGAAGCAAUUGCACAGAAUUUACUUUUCACAGAAUCAAAGUUGUUCACAGAACGCUCAAAGCUCUGUUGGCAAAUUGUGGGCUUUAGUCCCACGCCUUUCUCAGCUCUGUGUUUGUGCUUUUGGAGCCAUUCUCCACACAGGCAGCACCAGGGCCCAGGAACCAGGGCUUACUUCAGGAGCACCCUUCUGAAAUGAGACCACACAGCUCCCACAUGGAUACAGCCUCACUUCAGAUGAAAAUCUAGCAGAAAAAAGUUGUUUCCAGAUUGCUAGUCCUAUUACUGAGAAUCAGUUACUGGAGCCACAUUUCAGGAUAGCCCAAAGUGUUCAGCUCUGUUAUAGCUGUAGUGGAGAUUCUUUAAACUUACU